GCUAUAUAAUUUCAUAAUUUUGCAUAUAACUUCAAUUGAAAGAAGUAUUUACGCUUGUUACGAUGUUAGGCAGCCAUCUUGGAAGUUGUGUUCGCGUGCCCUCGGAAAUUGAAGUGGCCGUGACGUUCACUGUCCCUCAGCAUCUUGGAAAUGUAAAAAAGACUGCAAAACUUCAAAUCUAAAGGGUGUCCCCAAAAGUGUAUACACACUUUAGCUAAAUGUAAACAAGUGUUUAUUAGAAUUCAUUCAAUUUUGAAAAUGCAAUAGAAUUUACAAAUAUUUUUUUGUUUUGUCAUCGCCUUUUCUCCAGCUGUCAUCCAGACACUGCUGUUUCAACUGCGUUUUCAUACGGUAGCGUCAAUAUCAUACGGUAGCAUUUUAGAAUUAAUUUCCUUUCUUCCAAGUUUAGUCUGGCUACCUUCAUUCAUUACAAUGGGUUUUUAAUCUGCAAAGGAAAAACAAACAAUUGAGUUAGCAGCUGCUGAAAGGUGAACAUAAACAAAUUUUGGGACACCGUGUGUUUACAGUAUUUUACAAUUUCAGAUCUUCGUAUAGUUUUUACUUAAAACUGCUUUCCUCCUGGUAGCACUUUUGUUUUUGGUGCAUUGUGUAACUUUGCGGAACUGAACAUUCUUUUCAACGUCAGUGUGCACUAGAAGUUUCGCUUUCAUUCUAGGAGGAGGAGCACAAGAAGCCAACCCCAGCUGAGUCUGUUGCAGCUUCUCACGUUUACUGCACUUGGAGGCCUCAGCAGGGUUAAUUUAAAAGGGCUGCAAAGGGUGUCACUCACCUUGAAAUGAGUUCAAUGUGACUUUAGUCUCACUUUAUUUUGUGUCUUGAACAUUUCAGGUGUUGUAAAGUUUGUGGAAAGGCUCACAGUUUUUAGACAUCCUUUAUUUCUGUCUGGCAUUUUUUCCAAGUGCAUAUGGACACUUGUGCACUCUAAUACAUUUGUUAUUUAGUAGUUACAAGGGUGAAAGCCUGUCGCUGCUCAGUCAUGCUGUUGUUGCUCCAGAGCCUCCCUCCCUGGGCCCUCUCAUUGUGACUCAGCCAACAGGCGUUAAGUUUCGUUUUCCAGCUGACAGCUGUGCACAAAGGGACACGAUUGAUUCACAUGCUCGCUUUGGUCUAGCUGUGUCCCAUUGCAGGAUGUCAGACUUUGGACUGUUUGAGUACCAGGAGGAGGUGGUCCAGAGAGCUCUGCGAGGAGAAAACAUCAUCAUCUGGCUGCCCACGGGGAGCGGGAAGACGCGUGCCGCCGUCUACGUGGCCAAGAAGCACCUACAGAGGAGGCAGCAGGGCAAAGUGGUGGUCCUGGUAAACAUGCUUCACCUGGUGGACCAACACUUCAGCACAGAGUUUGUUCCCGGCCUGGCGCCGCCCUACAAGGUGGUGGCGGUGAGCGGUUACAGUGACGAGAAGGACUUCUUCGGCAAGCUGCUGCGAGACUCUGACGUGGUGAUCUGCACAGCGCAGAUCUUUCACAACGCUCUGGUCAGCACGGAGGAGGCCAAGCACGUGGAGCUCUCAGAGAUCUCCCUGCUCGUUGUGGACGAGUGUCACCACACACACAAGAACAUGGUCUACAACAAGAUCAUGAGAGAAUACCUGCACCAGAAGAUGCUCAAUGGAGCAACACUGCCUCAGAUUCUUGGACUCACGGCGUCCCCGGGCACGGGCAGAGCUAAGUGUCUGGACAGAGCUGUGCUGCAUGUUCUCCAGCUGUGCGCCAGCUUGGAUUCUGUCAUCGUUACAACCAACAAGUCCACUCAGGAACUCAACAUGAGAGUACCGCGACCCGUCAAGAUCUUUGACAUAGUGGAAAGAAGACCCCAGGAUCCCUUUGGAGAUCAGCUGAAGUGCAUCAUGCAGCAGAUCCAUGACUUCAUGAAACCCCCAGAGGACUUCACGCUGAGGGAAUGCGGCACGCAAGAGUACGAAGCGGACAUGGUCACACUGGAGAAGAGAGGAGUGCAGGAGUACAACCGCGUGCUGCAACAGUGCGCCAUCCACUUGCGUAAAUACAACGACGCCCUGCUCAUCAACGACACGCUGCGCAUGAAGGACGCCCUCAGGUUCUUGAAGGACUUCUACAAACUCAGGAUGACCACCCUCAUCGACUCCACCGACCUCUUCCUGGUACAACUCUUCCAAGAGAACCGACAGCAGCUGAAGACGCUGGCGAGGGACCCGCGCUACGAAAACCCCAAGAUGGCCCAGCUGGAGGCCACCCUGCUGAGGAUUCUCCGUCCAAGUGUGGAGUCCAGGGGGAUCCUCUUCAGCAAGACGCGUAGAAGCACCAGCUGCUUGAUGGACUGGGUGCUCAGGAAUGCCAGCCUGCAGGAAGCGGGCAUCAAGCCCGCCAUCUUGAUUGGCACCACCUCCAUGACGCAGCACGAGCAGAGGAGCACCAUCCAGAAGUUCCGCCAGGGCGCCGUCAACCUCCUUAUCGCCACCAGCGUGGCCGAGGAGGGUCUGGACAUCCCGGAAUGCAACCUGGUGGUGCGCUACGGUCUGCUAACCAAUGAGAUUGCGCAGCAGCAGGCUAGCGGGCGCGCUCGAGCCAAAGACAGCCAGUACUCCCUCGUGGCCCAGCGAGGAGGGCGGGAAGAACGCCGGGAGCACGUCAACAUGUACCUGCAGGAGCUGACCGCCAAGGCCGUCGCUGCGGUCCACCAGAUGACCCCCAGCCAGUUUAGUGAAAAGAUAGCCGAGCUUCAGAGGGAGGCGGUUUGCCAGGGCCGUAAUGCAGAAAGCGAGAAGAAGAAGAAGAAUGGUCGCUACUCUGCCUCCAGCGUGCAGCUCCUGUGUCAGCACUGUUUGACACCUGUGGCACGUGGCAGCGACUUUCAGCUUGUGGAGAACAUGCAUUACGUCAACGUCAACCCCGACUUUAAGCUCUGGUCUCAGGGAGAAGUACAACAUCGGCGCACAGGUGCAGCUAGAGAGGACCUUCGCCGACUGGGAGCCCGGCUGCGUGAUCAUGUGCAACAAUGGCAGCUGCAGCAAGGAGUGGGGGUGCGAGAUAAAGUACAGGAAGGUGGCCCUGCUGCCCAACGUGGCCGUCGAAAACUUCGCCCUGGAGACGCCCGGCGGCAGGACGAUGGUGAAGAGGUGGAAGGACGUUCCUUUCACCGUGGAGGAGUUCAGCUUCACUGACUACUGCCAGGAUCACUUUCUUUGCAACUGAGGUGAAGGCUUCUACGUGGGAGCGUCGGCCGCCAUGACGCAGCGCCGUCCCUCCACACAUGCAAGCAGUCGCUUGUGCCUGCAGGCUGGCGAGGCGCGUUACGCUUGAAUCAUGCUUGAAAUGAGCAUGCCAGCUUUGUUUAUGCCCAAGGUUUUUUUUGUGGGCUUCAUCUCAAGUCAUGCACACGACACAACACAAAGUGUAACAUGACCCCAAAGCAUCAUGCGUGGACCCCCACCCCUUACAAUUCAACACACAUGAAAUCUUUUCUUUGUGCUAUUAUAUAACACGUCUUUAACUUAAAAUGUUUACAAAUAAACUGUAGCCUGUACUGAUUAAUACUAUUAAUAAUCAUUUUAUUGGUUUGUAUGUUCUGCAAAUUAAACACUAACAUGAUCUUAUUGUCGGUAGAUUGUCUUGCCUUUGUGGACCACUAGAGGGCUCUCUUAAUCAGGCAAUGCCUACAUAGAUUGUAGUUUUGGCGGCUGAAUUAUACAUCGAUAACAAAUUCAUACAUGAAAUAAAAAAUAAUAAAAUACAAAUCAAACAAAAUGCAUAUUUUAAAAUAAUAUAAGACACGCUAUAGAAUGAAUAAAAACUGUGUUUAAUCCAUGUAACAUUAUACUAACGGGGAGAAAACACUAUAGGGACAAGCGAUAAUAGUAAUAAUGAUAAGGUUAAUUACAUGACAUUUGAUAUCCUUGGUGGAGUGUUUUAAAUGC